AUGUCGGAUUCUGGAAGUUACGGUCAGUCUGGUGGUGAGCAGCAAAGUUAUUCUUCCUAUGGAAAUCAAGGCAACCAAGGUUAUGGACAAGCACCACAAAGCUAUUCUGGCUAUGGGCAAACUACUGAUUCUUCAUAUGGGCAGAACUAUGGCGGCUACUCCUGUUACGGACAAAGCCAAUCAGGUUAUUCACAGUCCUAUGGUGGUUAUGAGAAUCAAAAGCAGAGCUCAUAUGGCCAGCAAUCUUAUAAUAACCAGGCACAGCAAAACAUGGAAUCAUCAGGAGGCCAAGGUGGAAGAGCGCCUUCAUAUGACCAGUCAGACUAUGGUCAACAAGAUUCAUAUGACCAGCAGUCAGGCUAUGAUCAACAUCACGGCUCUUAUGCCGAGCAGUCAAAUUAUGAUCAGCAGCAUGAUUCCUAUAAUCAAAACCAGCAAUCCUACCAUUCACAAAGGGAAAAUUACAGCCACCACACACAAGAUGACCGUCGUGAUGUGAGUAGGUAUGGAGAAGAUAAUAGAGGAUAUGGCGGGUCACAGGGAGGAGGUAGAGGGCGUGGGGGAUAUGACAAGGAUGGAAGAGGUCCUAUGACAGGAUCAAGUGGUGGUGACCGCGGUGGCUUCAAAAAUUUUGGUGGUCACAGGGAUUAUGGACCCAGACCAGAUGCUGAUUCAGAAUCUGAUAAUUCAGAUAACAACACAAUCUUUGUACAAGGACUUGGGGAGGGUGUGUCUACAGAUCAAGUGGGGGAGUUCUUUAAACAAAUAGGAAUUAUCAAGACAAAUAAGAAGACUGGAAAACCAAUGAUAAAUCUGUACACAGACAAGGACACAGGAAAGCCAAAAGGGGAGGCAACAGUAUCAUUUGAUGACCCUCCUUCAGCUAAGGCAGCCAUUGACUGGUUUGAUGGAAAAGAAUUCCAUGGCAACAUCAUUAAAGUGUCCUUUGCCACCAGAAGACCUGAAUUCAUGAGAGGAGGUGGAAGUGGAGGUGGGCGACGAGGCCGUGGAGGAUAUAGAGGCCGUGGAGGCUUUCAGGGGAGAGGUGGAGACCCCAAAAGUGGGGACUGGGUUUGCCCUAAUCCGUCAUGUGGAAAUAUGAACUUUGCUCGAAGGAAUUCUUGCAAUCAGUGCAAUGAGCCCAGACCAGAGGACUCUCGUCCCUUAGGAGGAGAUUUCCGGGGAAGAGGCUACGGUGGAGAGAGGGGCUACAGAGGUCGUGGGGGCAGAGGUGGAGACCGAGGCGGCUAUGGUGGAGACCGAAGUGGGGGGGGCUAUGGUGGAGACAGAAGUGGCAGCGGUGGCUACGGAGGGGACAGAAGUGGGGGUGGUUAUGGGGGGGACCGAGGAGGUGGCUAUGGGGGGGACCGUGGUGGUGGCUAUGGAGGAGAGCGAGGUGGCGGCUAUGGAGAGCGAAGUGGGAGGGGCUACGGAGGAGACCGUGGUGGUGGUGGCUACAGUGGGGACCGAAGUGGAGGCUACGGAGGAGACAGGAGUGGCGGCGGCUAUGGAGGAGACCGAGGUGGCUAUGGAGGCAAAAUGGGAGGAAGAAACGACUACAGAAAUGAUCAACGCAACCGACCAUACUGA